AUGGGUAAAAAGAGAAGAGCCGCCAUUCUCCCUACAAAUAUCAUCCUCUUACAGAACGUCGUCCGCAGAGACCCCGGGUCCUACCAUGAAGAGUUCCUCCAGCAGUACCAUCACUAUGAAUCGCUAAGAGACAUCUUCCUUAUGAACCCCACUCCAGACCAGGGAACUGAGUUUGGAGAGCUUGUGGGUUUCGUUUCGGCUGUUUGCAACUGCUACCCCAAGGAAACGAAGGAUUUCCCCGAGGAGCUCAAAAACAUCCUUCUCAAUAACCAUAGAGAGUUGACGCCUGAGCUUCGAGAGAAGAUCAUCCAGUGUCUUACCAUGCUUAGAAAUAAAGGUAUAAUCACAGCAGAGACGUUGAUUUCCACGCUUUUCCCGCUUCUUCGUGCCUACUCCAGUUUCACCCAGAAUGCAUCCACCAGCUCGCAGAACGCUAAGGCUGUCAGACGUCAGAUCUAUAGCACGCUUAUUUCGCUUUUGAAGGCUGUCAACACUGGCGCUAAGAACCAGAAGAUCAACAGAAGUACUCAGGCUUUGCUUUUUGAGUUGCUUGACCAGAGAGACUCCCAGGGCUUCUGGGCUACGAAACUUACUAGAGAGCUCUGGAGAAGAGGUAUCUGGGACGACUCCAGAACCGUGGAGAUCAUGACCCAAGCUGCAUUGCAUCCAGACAUUAAGGUGAGUACUUCUGGUGCUAAGUUCUUCCUUGGUGCUGAUAAGGAGAGACAGGAGAACUUUGAAGAGAAUCUGUCUGACGAGGAAGGGUUCGAUAUGGGUGCAUUGAAGCAUAAGAUGCAAAUCAAUAAGAAGUCUUCCAAGAGAAACAAGAAGAUGGAGCAGGCCAUGAAGUCUAUGAAGAAGAAGAACAACUCCAAGGGCUCUGCUACGUACUUGAACUUUUCUGCCAUUCAUUUGCUUCGAGACCCACAAGGAUUUGCUGAAUCGCUUUAUAACACUCACAUGAGUAAUAAGGCUGCCAACAAGUACGAUUUGGAGCAUAAGAUCUUGUUCAUGAACCUUGUUUCCAGGCUUAUCGGUACGCAUAAGCUUACGGUUUUGGGUAUUUAUUCAUUUUUCCUCAAGUACUUGACGCCAAAGCAAAGAAACGUCACUCAGAUCAUGGCUGCCUCUGCUCAGGCCUCCCACGACUUGGUUCCUCCAGAGAACAUCAACUCUGUGGUUCGUAAAAUUGCCGAUGAGUUCGUCAGUGAAGGUGUGGCUACUGAAGUUGCAGCUGCUGGUAUUAACACCAUCAGAGAGAUCUUGGCUCGUGCUCCUUUGGCCAUUGAGGCUCCUCUUUUGCAUGAUUUGGUCGAGUACAAGGGCUCCAAGGCUAAGAACGUCAUGAUGGCUGCUAGGUCGUUGAUCUCGUUGUAUAGAGAGGUUGCGCCAGAGAUGUUGCAAAGAAAGGACCGUGGUAAGACUGCUUCGAUUGAGCUUCAGCAUGGCGAGAAGAAAGGUAUGCCUCAGUUCGGUAUCGAGUCUACCACUACUUCUAUUCCAGGUAUUGAGCUUUUGGCCAAGUGGAGAAAGGAACAAGGUUUGGAAGAUGAUGAAGAGAAUGACGAGAAUUGGGAAGUCGACGAUGAAGACAGUGAUGAGGAUAUCGAAGGUGACUGGGUCAAUGUUGAGUCUGAUAAGGAGAUUGAUAUUUCUGACUCUGAGGACGAAAAGGAUAAGAAGGAUGAAGAAGACAAGGACGAUGAAGAUUCUGACCUUGAUCUUUCUGAUGACGAAGAGGCUGAAGCUAAGGAUGGUGAAGAAGCUUCUGCUCCUUUGAAGAAGAAGGCCAAGAUCGCCAACGCCAAGGCUGAAGAAGCUCUUGCUGCUGAAAAGGCCAUGACAGAGAUGCUUUCCAGCAGAAUCCUUACGCCAGCUGAUUUCGCCAAGCUUGAAGAGUUGAAGGCCCAAGCUGGUGUUGAGAAGGUCCUCGGUAAGCAGCAUAACGAAGAGGAAGUUGAUCUGACUUCUUUGGUCGGUAAAGUCAAAUACAAGCAGCUCAGAGAAGAGAGAAUUGCCCAUGCCAAGGAAGGAAAGGAAGACAGAGAGUUUGGUUCUAGAAGGGGUAAGAGAGACGCUCCUCAUUCUACUACCAACAAGGAGAAGGCCAGAAAGAAGAACUUUAUGAUGAUGAUCCACAAGAAGUCUGUCCAGGGUAAGCAGAAGAUGUCGCUUAGAGACAGACAGAAGGUGUUGAGGGCACAUAUCACCAAGCAGAAGAAGAAGGGACUUUAG